AUGCAAGGUGUCUAUACCAAGUUGAGAGACCCUCAGGUAUCUUGGGAAAACAAAAUAAGUAUUGCUCAGAAUGCUUGGAGUGAUGAAAAAUGCUUUAUUCCCAAUAAGCAGCAGGUCUUGCUUGACUGGGUCUGUCAGAAACUGGUUGAUCAUAUCUUAUAUAAGAAAGAUAAAAGGCCUGUCGAUGGUGAGCAGAUAUCAAGAGAGGUCAAAGAUCUUUGGGGAUACUUCAAGAAGAUUCUCCAGAAUAUAUCUACAUGUAAGCCUUUAAAUGGAGAGGACAGUGUUCAUAUACCAUUAACUUUGAUGCCACAACUUGUACAGGUUUUUGCCAAGGUAUUUUUGGAUUAUUCUAGUUCAGAAUCAUGUAGGUUCACAAGUGAACAGGAAAGUGAUAUGCUGAAUAUUAUCCACUGUGGACAGAUGAUACUUUCAAGUUCUCAGUUAAACACUUCCUUUGUUGCAAAGUUUGAAAAUUAUGUGAUGUUCAUGUCAUCUUUGUUGUCGUUGUUUGUGGUAUUCAUGAUCAAUAUAAACUCUUUAACAAAUAAUGAAAUUUGCAAUGAGAUGUUUCACAUGCUUGAGCUUUCUUUAAGUGUGUAUAAUUCUCUACAAAGAAGACAGACCAACCAUAGAAAGCUGUUUGAGAGGACAUGUGGUCACAUCAUUGGUCCAUUACUAACAGUGCGCUACAUCGUGAAGAAUAUCAAACUACAUGUAUACCAGAGUGACGCCAAAAAGAUAACCCAAGAUAAAAUUACUUGUUUUGUGAAUCUUCUGCAUAGGACAUUGUCUGAUGCAUUAUUUAGAAGGGAAAAUCUUUCAGACUAUUUAUCGACACUCAAAGCCUUAAAAGAUAAAAAAGAUGAAGAUGAUACCACAGAACCACAAAGCAAAAGAGCAUGUUUAGGAAACUACACUAAACUUCUUUUUGAUACUUUGAGAAAUCUGCUGAGUUGCUCUGACGGCAUGAAGCAAGAGGCAGUAAUGGACAUCCUUCCUCAGUUAUAUGUUGAUUUUUUGAAGGCUAGAAGGGAAAACCAGAUGGCUUCUUCAUCACUUGAAUUUGACUUCUUCACAGAACUGUGUGUUCUUCUCGGCAUUGAUAUUGAUAAUACGGUCAUAAACAAACAUGAAAAACACAUUUCAAGAAUUCUGGAAUACGUUCAUUAUCUCUUGGAUGCAAUUCUUAUUUUCGAUGUCUAUCAGGUGGGGGAAGACCAUGCUGAUGACAGCAGACAACUGAAGUGGUUUGUUAAGUUUACUAAACUCCUCCUUACAUACCAGUCAAGCUUUAACAUUUAUCCCUGUCUUGAAGUACUUCUUAAUCUGAAUCACUGCAUCAUAGUACCACAUUUAAACACUAUCUUACAAUGGAUGUAUGGCAGUGAUACAUAUGAGCAGGAUGAUGUAUCCUCCUGUGAUACCUUCCUGUCUUCUGUAGUAAAGACAUAUGUCAAGUUACGACAGUUUGACAGAUUAAUCAGUCAAAUGCUGGAGUCACUCAGAACUACUAAAACUAUGAACGGUCCAUGGAUGGGAUUUCCUGAUCUUGUGAGGGGAGAGUUGAUUAAAGCUUGUCAGUCACUCCCAUAUGGAUUAUCCACUUCACUAUGGAAAACAGUUAAUUCAGAAAUUUGUCACCACUAUUUACCUGCCUUGCAAGGCCUGGAAGAACAAGCAAAGACUGAACACAAAAGCGAAAACAAGAUGGAUGAUCUUAUUUUUAGCCUUGAAGGAGUUGUUGGACUUUUUAGUUUGUUUCUGUUGAAUACAACAUUGGGUGGAGUAACUGAGCAACACACAGUGGAGACUACUAAAAGAACUUUAUCUAGCUUGUAUCAUGGGUCAGUUGAUGAUGUACUUGGUCCUCUUUGGGAAGCUUUGUCAAAUAUGAGAGAUAAUAAGGUUUUUGCUCAAUCUUUAUCUGUAUCAGUCCUCAUACUCUUUCAUGCCUUACAAGAAAUAAAGAUCUUUCUUGGAAAACUAGGAUGUAUAUCAGAUGAGUUGAACAUUUAUUGGGAGAAAUACAUCAAGGGAUAUUUACAGAAAAUACUGAGGACAAAGAAACAAGGGAAUGAGAGACUGCAAUACUUGUUGGUUUUGCUUUGCAUCCAGAGGACCAGAGUUCUUCUUAUACAAGACAGCUCAGCUCAUUGUCAAACAGAUUUUCAGCAGCUUUUGGAUCACAUUUUCAUUCUAAGUGACACCAUUUCAUAUGAUAAUCCUUCAUCUUGGAAUAAACAGGUUUGGACGGUCAAUAAAACCAAUAUUUCACUGGCAUACUGGUACUGUUUGUGUGACAAAGCAUCACUCUUUCUUCCUGUAUGCACAGGCAAACAACGACUAAAGUUUACACAGUGCCUCAUCCAGUCACUGGUGUCUACUGAUGUAGAACCUUCUUCAGUUCAAACAAGAAUUUUUGAAAAUGUCAUGUCCAUACAGUCUACAUCCAAGACACUUCUACAUAGUGCUGCAUUUCACCUUGUUCCAUCCAUGCAAGACAGCUUGGUGUCUUCACUUUGGAUUCAUGUUGGAGAAGUGUUAAGUUCAUGUAACUUCACUGCUCAACCACACAAAAAGCUUGUUAACAUAGUUACAGCAUUAGGAACACUGCAAGUAAAUGGAUCCGUGAAUGAUGAUCUUAGAGAUUUUGACAAAGAGGAAGAAAGUGAAGACACAGAUUCUGAAGCGAGUGAAGAUGAAAGUGUUUCCACAUCUGAAGGCGAAGAAGACAUCAGUCAAGUGGCACAAAGCACAGAGAAAUCACUUUCCAAGGCUGUCAGUCCUGUAUUAUCACUUGGAAAAGCAUUAGACAAUGCUUUAGAAGUACUUGAAUCUUCCAAAGGCGUAUCCAGCCAAGCUUCUGAAAAAGACUUAAAGGAGAGCCUCAAAAUGCUUACCAACUGUCUUUCCAUGCUUGCUUGUCUGCCACUUGAUUGGUUAACAGAUGCCAAUCACUCUGCAUGUAUUAUUGGUUUGAUGGCAUGCAAUACCUUAUUACACAGCUGUUUACAUCAGGGAGAAAAUAAGGAGUGCCACAGGGCUUUUUUCUUGGACCAUGAACUGAUAAAUAUCAUGGUGAAUGGGUGUAUCUCUAAAAAGAGAUUCUUAAUCCACCAUGUUAUCAACCUGGAUUCCUUCCUUACCUGGAUGCUAUCGUCAUAUUUGACAUCAUGUCAGAUAGAGAGAGAAGAGAGAUACCUUGAGCAGUUAGAGAGCACAUCAAUCCAUCUGAUCUGUACACUGGUGAAAUACCUAUUAAAAACUGCAUCACCUGCAUCUUCUGUUUAUAGCUGUAUAAACAAGAUGACAGACGGCAUAGAUGGUCUAACAAAAGAAUUAAAAAAGGCAACACUUCCUUCUGUGACUGGGAUUGUGCAUGAUAACAAGCCACUUCUUGGGGUAUUUUGUGGAGUUAUGGAUGUUUUAGAAAAGGUGAUUGCUUGUAAGACCUCAAGGUUAAAUGAAGUGAGGAUAUCUGCAAAACUAGCAACAAAUAUGGCACCCACAUUACUAAACCUCCUUGGUACUAUCGCUGCAAAGAAUGAUAAGAAAAGACACUCCAUAAAGAAGGGUUCUUGUGAUGCUGUCAAAUGUUUGGAAUCUGUUCUGCAGGGUUUGCCUGUCUUGAUUGAUUCAUAUUCAGCUGUUAUUCAUAUAUACAAUGUAACACAGACAUCCAGAAAACUGUCCCAAACAAAAGAAGAGUUUCAACAAUUGCAAUGGCGUCCCAUUCUACCAUCCAUUUUAACCUUUGCUAUAAAUUCACUCCAAAGUCCACAACAAGAUACCCUACAGAAUGCUACUGAAAAACUAAAAAGAUCUUGUCUUCAUUUACUGGAUGUGUUAUGCCUUUCACUGGACACAAUGAAAAUAGACCUUCCUCAUGACUUCCACUGCAGUUUACUGGCAUCUUUAUUGAGUUUCCUGAAUAAAUUAGAAUGUGAAAAGGAAGAAAAUACUGAAAUGAGGGGGAAGGCCUUGGAAAGUAUUCUGUCCUUAUUGCUUAGUUCUCCUUCAGAUAUACUUGUGGUUCUUCUCAAAGGCCUCAGUAAUGAACUGACCUCAAAACCUCUCAAUGAAAACUCAGUUCAUAGGAUUUCAACUUGUGUUCAUGUCUGGUCAAUGAUACUGUCAGGACGUUUUCCAAAACUUAAAAAGAAAGAACUUUGCCCAGUUAUUCCUCAGGUUCUGAUGGCUCUUCAAUCACUCCUUCAAAUGUCUGCAAGCAACAUUGACCUCAUUGUCCUAACACUUCAAGCUAUGACUAAAUUAUUAUCACUAGGAACGCAUUAUGUUCAGUCUCAUCACUGUUCAUUGGCUUUUCAUGGUAGCCUGCUUGUUCCACUGAAUGACAGCAAAGAAAGAUUUCCACAUUUGUUUCAAGCACAAUAUGGUCUACUGAGUUCCAUUAUGUUUCAUCAGAGUGAAGCAGUCUAUAACUCUGUGCAGGUUUUUGUUACAUGUGUUAAAAACAUGUUGUGGAGUCUUGGUCAGCAUUGCAACAACAACAAAACUGCACAAGGCAUUCAAGAUGAGUCACUGAAACCUCAGUUGGACAGCGAGCUGGUUUGUGCACAGAAAAUGGCCAG